AUGGAUCCCUCCGAGCUCAUGGAUAACUUUCUCAUUGAGUUGCAUAACACCCUUCCGGCUGCGAUGCAAUCAUAUCGUCGUCACAAAUAUAUUCGUCCCAGUAUACACCCAUGGCUUGCUGAUGAAGAUUCGUCCCCUAAGGGCUUGAUACGUCAAAAGAUGUUUCCUCCAGCUCGAACUUUCCAAGGGAUAAAUCACAUGGACCAUUUGACGUCUAACUCACUUAUUCCUGUCUCAGCUCAGGGACUUGAGAAGAUGGCCACACGGUUUCUUGAUACAACUACUACUGCCGAGUUCGAUGGUCUCGCAUUAUCCCAAACCCGUAGUGGAAUGGUGCAAAACAAGUAA